AUGGCAACUCAAUAUAAAAAUCCAUAUUUUUCUUGGAAUGCAAAUCCUAAUCAAACAAAUGGAUUUACUAAUUCAAAAGAUCUUCCUAUAUCAAAUCGUAGUGAUAUGAAACAUGCCCGUCGUAUUAUAGUUAAACUUGGUACAGCAUUAAUAACACGUGAAAAUGAAGAUGGUCUAGCCAUAGGACGUUUAGCAUCAACUGUUGAACAAGUAUCACAAUUACAAAAUGAAGGUCGACAAAUGUUAUUAGUUACGAGUGGUGCUGUUGCAUUUGGUCGACAAGUUCUUCGAAAAGAAGCUAUGAUGACAAUGACAAUGAGAAAAUCUCUUUCACCAAAAGAUAUUUUAGAAAAUAGUCGUGUAGCUAUACAAAGACAAGCAUGUGCUGCUUUUGGACAAAAAGGUCUUAUGUCAUUUUAUGAACGUAUGUUUCAACAAUAUAAUAUUGGUGUUGCACAAGUAUUGGUUACAAAAACUGAUUUUUAUAAUGUUGAUAGUAGAAAAAAUUUACAAGCUACACUUGAUGAAUUACUUAAUUUAAAUAUCAUACCUAUAUUAAAUACAAAUGAUGCUGUUGCACCAUGUAUAGAUACAGAUGCUGAAGUAACAGCAGCAAAAGACGAAAUUGUUAUUAAUGAUAAUGAUUCAUUAGCAGCACGUUUAGCUGUUUUAAUAUCGGCUGAUCUAUUAUUAAUAAUGAGUGAUGUCAAUGGAUUAUAUACAGGACCUCCAACAUUAGAAGGAUCAAGAUUAUUACAUACAUUUUGUCCGACACAAGAUUUAGAAUUAAUUUCAUUUGGAGCACGAUCAAAAUUUGGAACAGGAGGAAUGGAAUCAAAAGUUAAAUGUGCAUCAUGGGCACUUGAUCAUAAUGUUGCUGUAGUAAUAAGUAAUGGUCAAAUGGAUAAAGCAAUAUUAAAUAUUGUUGAUGGGAAAAAAAUUGGAACAUUUUUUACAAAUGCACCAGCAGAAACAUUACCAGUUGAUGUUCAAGCUCUUAAAGUUCGUGAUGGUAGUCGACUAUUACAAAGAUUAACAGCAGAACAACGAAAAACAAUUAUUAAUAAAAUGGCAUCAAAUUUAAUCGAAUAUUCAAAAGAUAUUCUUCAAGCAAAUAAACAAGAUUUAGAAGAGGCAAUGAAAGAAGGUCUUAAAGCAUCAUUACUUAAUCGACUUGAUCUAUCAGAAAAAAAAUUGGAAACUCUAUCAAUUGGUCUUCAACAAAUAGCUGAAAAAUCUGAUAUACUCGGACAAAUUGUUCGACAAACACGUAUAGCUGAUGGAAUUAUGUUAAAACAAAUAACAGUACCAAUUGGUGUUCUUCUUGUUAUAUUUGAAUCUCGACCAGAUAGUUUACCGCAAAUAGUUGCUUUAUCAAUAUGUUCAGGAAAUGGUCUUUUAUUAAAAGGUGGAUCAGAAGCAAAAUAUUCAAAUGAAAUAUUAACAAAAUUAAUGCAAGAUGCACUAGAACCAUUUGUUCCUCGUGAUACUAUUGCUUUGAUCAAUACACGUGAACAAGUAGCUGAUCUUCUUCAAUUAGGAAAAUAUAUUGAUCUUGUUAUUCCACGUGGUUCUAAUGAACUUGUUCGUUCCGUACAAAAACAAAGUGUACAAAUACCUGUCUUGGGUCAUGCUGAAGGUAUUUGUCAUGUAUUUAUCGAUAAAGAUGCAGAUUUAGAUAUGGCUUUACGUGUUGUUCGAGAUUCAAAAUGUGAUUAUCCAAGUGCAUGUAAUGCUAUGGAAACAUUACUUAUACAUAAAGAUCUUAUUCGAACAUCAUUUUUUGAAUCACUCAUUGAUUUAUUUCGUGCUGAAAAGGUUAAAGUUUAUUCUGGUCCACGUCUUUCUGCAUUAUUACCAUUUCCACCACCGCCAGCAAAUUCAUUACGUGUUGAAUACGGAGAUUUACAAUGUUGUAUUGAAGUUGUAGAUGAUGUUAAUGAUGCUAUUGAACAUAUUAAUAAAUUUGGUUCAAAUCAUACAGAUUCAAUUGUAACAGCAAAUCAACAUUCAGCUAAUGAAUUCCUUAGUAAUAUUGAUAGUGCAUGUGUUUUUCAUAAUGUUAGUACAAGAUUUUCUGAUGGUUAUAGAUUUGGUUUAGGUGCUGAAGUUGGUAUUAGUACAGGACGUAUUCAUGCUCGAGGUCCUGUUGGUGUUGAAGGUUUAUUAACAACAAAAUGGAUUGUUGAAGGUCAUGGUGAUGCUGCUGCUGAUUUUAGUCAAGGAAAAAAGAAAUUUAUUCAUGAAUCAAUUAUUCCAAAACAAUAA